UAACGUUGUCUUUCUAAAUCGUACAUUUUUAACAAUGCCAAACUACGUUUUGAACUUUUUCGAUAAACUCGACGGUAAACGGGCCAAGUGCGUUUUCUGUUCCGAUAUUAUUGACUACACUCGUCCACACAAGCUUGCAAAUCACAUGAAAAUUAAACACUCGGAUUCAAUUGAUUGGGCGCUUAUAUUACAAUCUGAAAAUAGUAACCGUAAACGUCGUAAAUUUUCUGGGAACGGAACAAAAAAACAUGUAUGGGCAAAUUUUACAAAAACUGAUGUACAACAAAAACUAGCUAAAUGCAAUAUAUGUGAAAAAAUUCUGUCACAUAAAUCGACUAUUGCGAAUUUAAGGUUACAUUUGAAGCGAAAACAUGCAGAAGUUUUUGCAAACUACGAAAGUCCGAGAGAAAUUGAUGAAAACGAUCAAGAGGAACCCGGGCCGAGUGACACGUCUGGUGUUUGGGGUUCAUUCGAAAAGCAAUCCAACAACACAUCGAGCAGCAAUCACAGACUAAAUAAGAACGAAGAGAUCCACUCCGAUGUCGAUGAACAAAACUGCUACACUGAAGUCGUAUACUUGGAAGACGAAGAACAAACGUCGAAGAAACCGGAACCGAUAAUCGAAGUUCCCAGGCCACAAACAGAACCGAAAGAAACCCAAAUAUCGUUCGAGCCAAUGGAAACAGAGAACGAAGAAAUCGAAAAUUUUAGCAAAUACGUUACGAGUUUAUUAAAAAAAUUACCGAAAGAUUUGUGUACGCAGUUACAAAUGGAUAUAAUAAAUUUGAUUAUGACAGCGAAGUUGAACAAAAUGGGGAAACAUUUGGCGCCAAAUUUGACAGCUGCCAAUGUCGGAAACGCGUCGUACCUACUGUUACCCAACGUUCCGGUUGGGAACCCGAGCGAGGGGCUAAAAACGUUCAAUAGAGACCCGAGUCUCCCAACGUUAUAACGUAAACUUUAGUUUUUGUAUUAUAUUAAUAUAAAACUA